CAAAGCUCCCCUUUCGUGUUGAAUGGUGAACUUGUGAAGAAGAAGAAGACAAAAGCUGCCUUCCGAACAAGCAAAGUUGUUGACAUUUCCCCUAUUCCUUCUUUGCUUUUCUUGGACGUUUGCUGUCACCUGUAAUAUUAAGUUUGUCAUGAUGGUAAAUGUGCAAGACAUCAGUGAGAACAUGCGUCUCGCCAGAGAAAUGGCCUUGACAAGCCAGUAUGAAACUGCAGCUGUAUACUAUCAGGGUGUGGUUCAACAGAUUCAUCGGCUACUGGCAUCAAUCCAAGAGCCUAACCGCAAGAUAAAAUGGCAACAGGUCCAACAGCAAGUGGCAUUGGAAUAUGAAAACUUAAAAGAGCUGAUGAAUACUAUAUCCAUGUUCAAAUCUGACAACCCAAAUGCUAUGGCAGAUAGACCUCUUGGCACUUCACUUCGUAUGUCAUCUUUUGAAGAACCAACAAGAGACCCAGAUGUUUUUGGCCCACCACCUGCACGAGAUCCAGAUGUAUGGCCCUCUCCAACAUCUGCAGAUCACAGCCGGUCAGCACCUCAGGUCAAACCUACAAGGGGACCUAGGAGGCAGGACACUGGGAAAAAUGCCGCUUCUGGAAGGGGAACCAAAUCAACUAGUUCGAAGAAGGGUGGAGACAGUAAGGGAGGUAGAGGAAGAGAUGACAAAUCAUCUGAUCGUAAACUUAAAAAGGAGCCUUCUGAGAAGAAAGAUGAAAAGAGUGGUGAUAAAGGAGGCGAAGGACGGUCAGGAAAUGAGGAAGAUGAAGAGAAGAAGUUUGAUCCCAGUGGAUAUGACCGGGAUCUUGUGGAUAUGCUGGAAAGAGACAUAGUUCAGAAGAAUCCAAGUAUUAGAUGGACUGACAUAGCUGACUUGCAUGAAGCCAAGAGACUCCUUGAGGAAGCUGUUGUUUUGCCCAUGUUAAUGCCAGACUUUUUCAGGGGUAUUCGUCGUCCAUGGAAGGGAGUUCUAAUGGUUGGACCACCAGGAACUGGCAAGACUAUGCUUGCAAAAGCUGUGGCUACUGAGUGUGGAACAACAUUCUUCAAUGUUUCAUCAUCAACUUUGACAUCAAAAUAUAGAGGAGAAUCAGAAAAGCUUGUCCGACUUCUUUUUUGAAAUGGCAAGGGUUUUAUGCCCCAAACCAGCACAACUUUUGUUGAUGAAAUAGAUUCUUUGUGCUCUAGAAGAGGCUCAGAAUCUGAGCACGAAGCUUCAAGACGUGUUAAAUCAGAGUUGCUGAUGCAGAUGGAUGGUCUUCAGUCUACUGACUCGGAUGAACCAAAGGUGGUAAUGGUACUUGCUGCCACUAACUUCCCUUGGGAUAUUGAUGAGGCACUGAGGAGGAGAUUGGAGAAAAGAAUUUACAUUCCACUUCCAACUCAUGAAGGCAGGGAAGCACUGCUGGCCAUUAAUCUGCGUGAAGUGAAACAGGAUGAGUCUGUGAAUCUUGCUGAAAUAUCAGCAAUGCUGGAAGGGUAUUCAGGAGCUGACAUCACUAAUGUUUGCAGAGAUGCUUCUAUGAUGGCUAUGAGACGUAAAAUAGCUGGCUUGACACCAGAUGAAAUCCGUGCCUUACCGAAGGAGGAGCUUGAUCUUCCUGUAACCCAAGAAGAUUUUCAUGAUGCCAUUCUUAAAUGUAAUAAGUCUGUCUCCCAAGAUGAUCUGGAGAAGUAUGAGAUGUGGAUGAAGGAGUUUGGGUCUUCUUGAGGUAUUAGAUGACUCUAUAUAAAAAGUUUGUCUCAGAAGUGAAACAGUUUCAGAGGCAUUGGGAUCAAUUAUACAGCUUUAGCAUGCAACAUUUGUCUUUCUCCUGCUUAAUGGAGUGUAAAAUAAUUAUCAUUCCAUUUUUUUUAUUCAAUUAGCACAUUGAAACUAUUGCAACUUCCAGUUAUAAAAAUAUAAAAAAUCUUCUCUUGAAUUCAGAUCUCAGAAAAGUCAUUUUGUUAUUUGUUCCUCUGGCAAUACUGACCAUCACCUUUUAUGCAAGCUGGAAUCUGUCAUUGCAAUCUGGUUACAAGGUGGUAAAUGAUGGUUAGAGGAUGAGUGGGGAAUACCUUCACUCACCUGCUGUCACUUAAGUACUUAUUCCUGGUUGUCAUCAAGUAAGGGUUUCUUGCUGCACUCCUGGUAACUGCCAAGUUGUAUCUUCUGCUAUUGUUUAUGGUGUUUACUUUACUAUGGAUAUGUAGUGUGAAUAAUGGAGGUUGAAGGGCAUGAAUAAGUAUAUGUGGCUUUUCAUGUCUUUUGUUGGGUGGACCCCCACUAUCACUGCUCCUUUCUAGAAGUAGAUUCUGCAGCUGUCAUGGGGAAAGGUUUUGGAACAAUAAGUACGUUGUCUAAAAUGUGUUCACAGGUGUCAGCUGGAAUGAAGACCCCUUUUGGGGGAGAACCAUGAUUUGAAUCCAUCAUUAGGCCAGAUUUAGCUACCUUGUGACUUCUGUCAACCCCCAUGGUAGGAUUACACUUGGUUCUCAGAAGAUUUCCUUUUCAAGUGAGAUCUCAGACACAUCUAGCUGAGGGUCAGGACCGCUUUCACUUUUGUUAUCC